AAUAAUGUAGUAGCCAGCUGAUACAUUAUUAGACACAUGAAAGCAUGGGAUAUAAUAUUAAUCAAUGCAUAUAUUGACUAAUUAAUAUCUCUCGCAUAGGAAAGCUACUCUAUUUUAUAUUAGUUGGUCUUGCCAAGAAGCUGAUAAAUUAGAAAGAGAUGCUAGUAAAUUUGUCAUACCAAUCUAGAUCUGUGAUUUGUCUAGUCAACAUAAUAAUGGAAGCUUCUUUCUUCAUUAUCAUCUUCCUCUUUUUCCUACCAAUGAUGUUCAUAUUCAUCAAGGAUCACAAAAGAGGGCGAAAAAACUUGCCUCCGGGACCAUGGAAGCUCCCACUCAUUGGGAACUUGCAUCAGCUGGGAAUUAGCUCCCCCCAUGUUGCUCUCAAGGAAUUAGCUGAGAAAUAUGGACCUUUGAUGCACCUAAAACUAGGUGAAUGUUCAACUAUUGUCAUAUCAUCGUAUGAAAUGCUGAAAGAAGUGAUAAGAAUAAGUGAUAUCGUGUUUGCAAAUAGGCCGGAUCUCCUUCUCUCAACUAUGAUGUACGAUGGUGGAGACAUCGGUUUUGCUCCCUACGGUGAUUACUGGAAACAAAUGCGCAAAAUUUGCAUUUUAGAGCUCCUAAGUCCAAGAAGGGUUCGGUCGACUUAUCCUCUAAUGGAGGAAGAGAUUUCGCGCUUAGUUAAAUCUAUCAAGGCCUCAGGCGCAUGUACCCCAAUUAAUAUGUCUGAAUGUUUUAAAACGCUCACUUGUGCUAUUGUUUGCAGAGCUUCAGUUGGAAUGGCUAAUAAAGAUUCCGACUCAUUGAUUUUGGCAGCAAAAGAAGCAACAACUAUCGGAGGACUCUUAAAUAUCCCAGAUUUGUUCCCUUCCCUCAAGUUUCUUCCGUAUAUCACAGGAUCCAAGCAAAAACUAGUUAAAAUGCAUCAAGUAUGUGAUCGUCUUCUUGAAGAAAUUGUUCGUGAACAUGAAGAUAGCAUACAAAGAAGUAACGGUGAACCAAUUGAUGAAGAAGAUCUUUUGCACGUUCUUCUAAGGCUUGGGGAAAAGGAGAGACACAAAUUUCAAAUCCCUAUAACAAGAGAUAACAUAAAGGCCAUAAUCUUGGAUAUGCUCAUUGCCGGAACUGAUACCACAGCAACUACAUUAGAAUGGACCAUGUCCGAAUUAAUGAAGAAUCCGACAAUCAUGAAAAAAGCUCAAGCUGAAGUAAGAGAAACUUUGAAAGGAAAGAAAAUAGUGGAUCAUAGUGAUAUUCAGAAUUUGAAAUACCUGAAAUUGGUAGUUAAGGAAACUCUAAGGUUUCAUCCUCCUGGUCCCUUGUCUGUACCUAGGGAAUCAAGAGAGGAGUGCGAGAUUAAUGGAUACGUUAUACCGAAUAAAACAAUAGCCCUAGUGAAUAUGUGGGCAAUGGGAAGGGAUCCCCAAUAUUGGCGUGAUCCAGAGAAAUUUGAGCCCGAGAGAUUCAACUUUAUAGAUGAUAUCAACAGAUCAAUUCCUCCUGAGUUCUUCGGAUUUGGAUUUGGGAGAAGAGCUUGUCCAGGAAUGUCAUUUGCUAUAGCAAACCUUGAGCUUACUCUGGCUAGAUUACUCUACCAUUUUGAUUGGAAACUUCCUAAUGGUAUAAAUCCCGAGGAAUUAGAUAUGACUGAAACUUUUGGUGCUGCCGUUGCAAGGAAAAAUAAUUUGCACUUGUUUGCUUCACCGUAUGAUUAUUAAUUAACCCCUCUCCAAUUGAUAAGAUUUGGUCUUCUCAGAUGUUGCUUGUCGUGCUUAGUAAUAAAGUUAAGUCUUUGAUUUCGCCUCUUUC